UAUGUAUGCCUUUUUUCCCCCAAAAAAUUAUACUUAAGUAAAUCUACCUACCACCCCUGAUAGUAAGUAAUAAUAAAAAUAAAGAAAUGUCUAGAAAACAUGAAUGCAUUUAAUGAAAUAUAUUAUUUUUCAUCAUGUCAUUAUCAAUCUAGAAAUAUAGGGCAGGUAUUUGUACAUGAACACCUGGGGGGCUUGUUGUUCCGUGAUCCAACAGUGAAUAUCUCCACGUGACGUGGACGCAGCAAAUGACCUCACACGGCAGCGCACAAGCACGAAAGGGCGACGGGGCUCUCUGAACUACAGUACCCACAAGUCACCGUGUGCGUCAACAGCAACAGCUAGGAUGUUGCGAUAAUGCUGGCAGCCAAAGAUUGCUGUGGUUGCAGAGAUUAGACGCGCUGUGUCGAAACCUCAGUUGGUCCGGAUGACAGACGCUAAAACGUACUUGCAGCGGACGGAGACUCGUCUCCAAUCACCUCGACGCUUUUUGGGGGCAGCCCUGCGCUGAAGGCGUCAGCGAACGGAAACCAUAUAGUUUAUAUAUAUAUAUAUAUAUAUACUUAUAUAUAUAUAUAUACACACACACACACACGCACACACACACACACACACACACACAAAUGGAAGAAAUUAAAUAGCCCCACAGACAGUAAGCUAUGAGGCAACAAACCGUCACUGCACUUUCCUGAAGGAUGGAAACAGCUUUCUGGGCAGCGCUGUCGCAGUUACUCGAAGGAUACACCGCGUUUGAAGACAUUUUCUUCAGAGAAUAACCUGGAUAACCUUACACGAAAUGUCAUAGCGCCUUAGCAGCUAGCACUUAGCUAGCUUGGUAACGGCUGGACGAGAUGGAGAUGGACCUAUUUUUCCUCAGCAGCCGCAGCCGACCAUGAACAGCUGGCUGGCUGGUAAAAGGAGCACUUUCCCGGAGAUGCUUUAACCUCCUGGGCGGUGUAAUACACUUACAUAACUGCUAGCCGCUCUAUAGUUAUCACCAGCUGGCUUGUGUUGGCAAGCAAAUGGGAAAUUUCCCCUAAAAGAAUCUCACAUCAUCACCACAAGUGAAGGAGGUAUUACUUGCAUAUUUUUGAGGCACCAAGAAUAGACUCUGGAUAAGUUUACGCGAGGAUCCGGGGAUAUAAUAUAUCACCGCAAUAAGCCAGCACAUCACAGCGUGAAGAGGGAAGAGAACCACAUCUUCCCUGCUGUCAUUUCGACAUCAUGAGGAAGUUCUUUGAUUCCCGUCGGGAGUUGGUGAGCUCCGGGCCUGGUUCUGGAGGAGGAGGGGGCAGCAGCGGCUCUGGGUCCAGCCACGCCGGAGGAAAUUUCAUUGGCAGAGCCUUCACUGUCGGGCGGCACCAGGUCACAGUUGAGGAGAUCAUUGCUGAAGGUGGCUUUGCUAUUGUGUUCCUGGUGAAAACAAACCAAGGGGUGCGUUGUGCCCUGAAGAGGAUGUACGUCAACAAUGAGUAUGAUCUGCAGGUGUGCAAACAGGAGAUUCAGAUUAUGAAAGACCUUGUUGGCCACAAGAAUAUUGUUGGUUAUCUGGACUCCAGUAUCACGGCUAUGGGAUCCCGAGAUGUAUGGGAGGUUCUCAUACUGAUGGACUACUGCAAAGGAGGACAGGUGGUUAAUCUGAUGAAUCAGAGACUUCAAACUGGCUUCACAGAGUCCGAGGUGCUUCAGAUCUUCUGUGACACCUGCGAUGCCGUAUCUCGCCUGCAUCAGCGCAAGGCGCCUAUCGUCCACAGAGACCUCAAGGUGGAGAACAUUCUCUUGCAUGACAAAGGUCAUUACGUGCUGUGUGACUUUGGCAGCGCCACAAACAAGUUCCAAAACCCACAGACCGAAGGCGUGGCAGCAGUGGAGGAAGAAAUCAAAAAGUACACCACUUUAUCAUAUCGUGCUCCAGAAAUGGUGAACCUCUACAACAAUAAGAUUAUAACUACAAAGGCUGAUGUCUGGGCGCUGGGCUGUCUGCUGUACAAGUUGUGCUUCUUCACUCUCCCCUUUGGUGAAAGCCAGGUGGCCAUCUGUGAUGGCAGUUUCACUAUUCCAGAUAAUUCCCGUUACUCUUACGAUCUCCACUGCCUCAUUCGCUACAUGCUGGAGCCGGAUCCUGACAAAAGACCGGAUAUCUAUCAGGUGUCCUACUUUGCUUUUAAACUAGCUCAGCGGACUUGCCCUGUUCAGAACGUGAAGAAUUCUCCGAUUCCUUCCACACUUCCUGAGCCAAUCAAAGCGAGUGAGGCUGCUGCAGCAAAGAAGAGCCAGACUAAGCCCAGACUCACGGAUCCAAUUCCCACCACUGAAACCUCCAUCACCCCUCGUCAGAGGCCCAAAGCCGUGCACACCCAGCCCGCUGCUGGCAUCCUACCCAUCCAGCCUGCUGCCCUCACUCCUCGCAAGCGAGCUAAUCUCUCUGGUGCCGCAGCUCAGUCUGUGGGGGUCAGUUUAGACCUCUCCCAGCCAGCUGCAGCUCUCCAGUCGCAGAAGGCACAGACGUCAGCUCAGCCGUUCAUUCAAACACAAACCAACGCAAAUCAGGCUGCUGCUCCACAGAAGCAGACUGUGCAUCCGGCUGCAGCUGCUGGAGCAGAGACGGCAGCCUCUGCAGCAUCACAAGUGGCGAAAGCUGACGCUGCACCACAAGCACAGCCAACAUCCCAGCAACAGGCCACGCCUUCUUCUUCUGUGGUUAGCGCCGCUCCUCCACAGGCACCGCAGACUCCAUCUAGCCCUGCCGCACCUCAGCGUCCAGCGCGUCGCAAACAACCGGGUCAGACUCAGCCGCCGGAGGCUCAACCCUCUCCGAGCAAGGCGUCUCCGGGACAACCAGAAGCAGCUGCGCAGCAGGAGACACCAGCUCCAAGUCAGCCUACUUCCACUGAGACCAGCCAAAAAUCAGCUCAGAUCACUCCACCUGAGACUCCAAAGACAUCUGAGGACCGAGGUCAUCAACGUGUGCCGAGCGAUGCAGCAUCAAACGGUGCUGCAGCUCCUGUCAAUGACUCCACACAGCUGCAGCAGGGGGAUAAUGGAAACAUUGCUCUCAGCCAAUCACUUGUAUCUCCACCAAACACCGCCGACUCUGUUCAGCCGAGCCUUUGCGAUGCUGCUCAGGACCAGAACAAUGCUGCAGCCACUGUCCCUUCCUCUGGUUCCUCCAACACUCCCACACAGCCAGCAUGGAACCCGUUUGACGACGACAACUUUUCCAACUUCGCAGCUGACGAAUUCAAAGCUGAUGACAAAAAGUCCUCAGACAUGGUGUCAGAUUCUGAGGUAACACCUUCUGAAGAGCUGAUUCCAGGUCUGCAGGCCUCAUCUGUGGAAAACACUUCUCAAGAAACUGCUGAAAGGCCAUCUGCUCUUCUGGACUCAGGAGCCUCUCUUUUGGUUGUCCCAGAUCCUUUCCAUACUCUUGAACUGUCGGAUGCUCCAGAGAAGCUGAUCGAAGGUCUCAAAUCUCCUGACACGUCUUCACUCAUGCUUCCUGAUCUGCUGUCAUUGUCUGAUCCUUUUGGAGGGUCUGUGGAGUCUGUGAAAGACCCUCUCACUGCAGACGACUCUCUCCUCGGGUCUCUCAUCUCCGGACCACCCGCAGCACCGGGCAGCGCCACCUCCUCCGCCCCCACCUCCACCACCUCUGCUCUGGAUGAUUUCAGCCUGCUGUCUGGAGACUCAGUACAGCCGAAAGGGGACUCGUCUCUCUUGAUCUCAGACUUCGAGGCCCAGCCGGCCAGUGCGGAGGUUGCUACAGAGGACGACUUUGAUCCUAUUCCCGUCACAGGCCGAAAGAAUUCCCAAGACCUGCAGAGGGAGCUCUUCAAACUUCACUCUGCUCAGUCUGCGGCUCCUGGGCAGAAGAUCCAUCAGAGCUCCGCUGCAUGUGUCCCCUACAAACACAUGUUGCUGUCAGAAGAAUGUGGCGCUCAUCCCCGCCCUGCACGCAUUCCCUGCUCCAACCGUCAUUUCAUACCUGUUAACCGAGAAUCUCAGAGCCCUCCUCCAAGCAGCGCCAUCAUCUCUGAUGUCUUCCAGCUGGCCCCAUUUAAACCGCAAAGGAAAGAAAGCGUGACAGCAUGCAGAGUCUCCGCCUUUUCCGCAUCCCAUAAUUCUGCUGAAGCAUCAGAUGUUUUCCUGCAGGCACCGUUUGGGAAGCGGCAGGAAACCAACAAAGCUGCUCCUGCUAACACUCACACAUUCAUGUCUGGCACUCAGCAAGUGAGAAACAGCACAAAGUGUCACCCUGUCGCCCUCUUGCACACGGAGGCCCCUCUGCUCCAGCAGCCCGUGGCGGUGCACCGGGUCGUCUCCAGGAUCGGUCAGCGGGCCGCCGUGGGCUCAGUGGCAGUGGGCCCUCUACAUUCCUGGACCAUCGUGGGAAAAGUUGUGGAUGACCCGUUCACCGCGGCACCUUUUCAGCCCAGAUGCUCCCCAGGGAAGCCUUAGUUUUACUAGUGUGUUUUUAAAAAAUGCCAAGUCAGAAGAAGAAGAAGCCAAAAUAUAGUUCAGCUGCAGUAGGACUAAAACCCCACAUGUAAGUUCGACGUUGUUUCAAGGUUAAGGCUCUACCUCAGUCAUUUCAUUUGCUUUCAGUCGCCAUAUCAAGUCUUCAUGAACAGUUUCAACUUUAAUUCAGUGGAUUAUUUAUCUAUUAAAGAAUCACAUAAAAGUAAUUAAGAAUGUUCCAGAGCAAAAGUUUGUAUGCAGUUUUCUCUUAUCCACACAUGGUCAAAAUUAUACAUUCAGCCUCAGAUAUGUACAUAUUUACUGAUUUCUGCCAUAAUUCUGACUGCAUUUUCAACCACUUGCCUUGUUAGUCAAGUUUUAGAAAGUUUGAUGUCACUUUAAAGGGACUUUAAAUCAAAAAUACAUUAAUAAUCCCCAAAUAAAAACUGAUAUAAUUGUCUUCAAAGAGUCAUUGUAGCUGCUGAUGGCUGUGGGAAGGAAGGAUCUCCUGUAGCAGUCUGUUACAGAUUGUCUGAAGAAACCUCUGACUGAAGACUUGUAUAAUAUGGAGAAAACCUAGAAGCUUAAUGUCAGUCUGCACCAGCCAUCAAAAUCCAAUUGUGAUGCGUGUUGGGCGUCUUUAUCCUCUUGGAACAACCAGUUUUGUGUAUAUUUAAACCAUCAUAUCUAAACUGUCAUUUUUAUAUUUUUACAUAAAAGCAAAGUUCAAAGUUAAAUAACAACCCAGGAACCACUGAGGUACAAAGUAAAAGCUGCUUUUGAGCGCCAGUGACUCGAAUUUAACAUCAACAUGGAUUCAGUCUGUCAAGAAAAUAAGAACCAGCUACUCUAAAAUGUUGACAUUUCAGCUUGACUUGCUGCACAACUGCAGCUGCCCUCAGGGGCAAGUCAAAUGCUUUGUGGGUAAAAGCUGAGUUGUUGGACCAAAAUGACAUAAAAUGUCAAGAAGAGACUUUCAUAGCUUGUAUGAACUGUAAAACAAGGCGGUGGCAGCAUCAUGGCCAGGGCCAUUUCUUAAUUAAACAUCUAUUCUUUGUGUAAAAGCCUAAUGCAUCACCGGUACCAACCCAGCGUAUAUGAACUCAAGACAUUCCAGCAAAAAGUGGUCAGAAAUCCAGACAAAACUAUUCCAGAGAUUUGUUGACAUCCACAAAAACAUGACUUCCCUGUAAUUUGCUCACAGACAUUUAUACAAAUAAUAGUGGGCCUAAUAUCUGAGCCAAUAUCUCUAAUUUUAAUUUUUUUUUUAAAACCUGUAAGUUUGAAGCUUGUCCAGCCAAGUCUUGUUUUUGUAAAUCAGUGUUGUUGUAUCUUGUAUUACUAGUCCAGUCCCCAAAAAGAAGGAGUUAACUUAAUCAUUAUAAGGCUCGAGUAAAGAUGACCUCCAUUUUCAUGGGGAGCGAAUGUUGAUAUUUUCUAUCACUUUUUUAUCCAACUAAGAAGUUUUACUUGGAUUUAGAGGAAAAGUGAUUCAGCUUUUAGGGCGUCGUUCCAGAAACCAUAAUUUUCUUGGCAGCCCAAAGGAUUUGCUUGUUGGCUCUUGCUUUAAGCCCAUUAAAUCUUUCCUGUUGUUUACAUAUAAACUGCAGAUUGUGAUUUUAUUAUCAGUAUUAGGAGAUUUUCCAAAUGUUUGCAGUUUUCCUGUCGACAUUCAGUAUCAGAGCUGUAAGUUACCAUGUAACUGCAAGCCAAAUACACAAUUCUUUUUCUAAAAGCAAUUUUUAAAUACAUGUUUUCCAAAAAUCCCUGCAGCAGAGACUUGGAUGUAGUCAGUGUUUAAUUAUCCUAAUCCCAGUUUACAUGUUACACAGAUAAACUGGCAUAAAACACAGUUUAGUGUAUGUUUUAUAACUUUUCUGUCUAGUCUGUGAAAUAAGUCUAAUAAAUUGUUUGUCAGCAUAUCACAGAUUAGAUUCUUUAUGUGAUAAAACAUUAAAUAUAAUGCUUCUGAAUCGGUUUUAUUUUGGUUCAGUGAAGGACUCUGUUUUUUGCUGAGGCUUAAGAUUCCUGGAUAUUUACACUGUAUUACCUGCUCAAUUAAUACGGGGCAAAAAACCAAGGAAAGUUACAUGUUUUAUCCGCCUAAUAUAGUCUUAAAAGCUCCAUGCUCUGGAUCUGUUGUUUUAUUCUUAUGUGUUUUUAUGUCUCUGAGUUAUAUAUUAAAACAAUUAAAAGUGGGCGUACACUUUUAAUAUGAAUCUCUGAAUGUAAAUCAUCUUCAUUUUGCCCACAGUCUUAACCUGUUCUUGUUCAUUUUUGCCUUUUUUCGCUUCUCAUCAGGCAAUCCAUGCAGGUGUCCCUGGAAACAGCUUUUUCAAAUUUAAUCCCAGUUUAGGAUUAAGCACCAGUGUUAUAAAAACACUCAACAUUAUAGAAAUACUCUUAUUUUGUCUUGAGAGGCCUCCAUUUUUUUUAACGUAACAUUUAUGUAUCUGCCUUGAUGGACAUGUAACUUUUUAUUUCGAGGUGAUGCUAUUAGAACAGUUGUGGCAAAAUUGUUCCACAGUGAUGUAAAAAUGUUUUUCUUGUAGGUUUUUUUUUUCUGCUUUACUGGAAAAUAAAAAAUCUAAAACAA